AGAUGAUCAGCAGCACAGAAGACUGGUCUUGUGACUUACUACACACUCUAAUAUCCUCCCAACAAAACCAAUGUGGAAAUGACAAGCAAACCUGGACUGGGAGUCCUACUGCUGGCAGCUUUACUGGGAGCUAUUGGAUUUUGGCUGAGUAACACUGCAGCAGAUAUAUUCCUCUUACUUACUGACAAGUCUACCACCUAUACAACCCGUGGAUCUUCAGCUUCCGCACCGCAGGCAAGAAAUGAUGAAAGCAGGACUUACAAUCUCAGAAGCCCUCCAGAGACAAGUGGAAUUGAAGGGGGUUUAUUUGAGGAGACAACUUCAUUUAACUUCACCGAUUUCCCUACUGACUCAGGAGACUCCUCCCCCAAUUCAACACUGACUGUAACAGACAGCUAUCCCACUACAACAGAAAGAUACAACUUUUCAACUGAACAUCUGGACCCUGAAUGGGAUAGUUUGGGUCCAACUACUGUGCAAAGUCCCACAGAUAACGGCACUGAACCAGUUACUACAGGGACAAACAGAAUAACGCAUCACACAACCAUACCUCCGAGACCUUCCUUUACUGAACAGGACUCCGUUCCUGAAAUUGGAACUGCUAAAAUGGAGACAGACAAAUCUAUUUGUAUCCGCACGUCUAGUCUAACAGACGCUGAGGUCCUGGCAAUUGUCAUAGGAGUAGUGUUCCUCACUAUAGUACUGAGUAAGUAUAUAUUCAUAUUACUUCAAGGAUAA